AGAGUCAUUAACGCUCUUUACCCAACCAUUAUUCCUGCUGGAGUGAAGAGAUGGCUUUGCUAAGAAAGCUGUGUAGUACAAGAGCUCUAGCCUCCACUGUGAUGAGGGCAGCUAGCUCACAACCCCAGCAAUCGUCCCCUCCCAUCCAGGCCACUGCUAGUAGAAUAUUCCAGCUAGGGAAAAGAGAUCCAGAGAUUCUGGAUUUCCCCGAAGCCCUGCGUGCUCUGAGAGCGUACUCCAUGUCUCAAGUUCCAGAAACAGUAGAACUAUCCAUCAAGUUGGACAUGACACUGAAGAGGGGGAAGUCCCGGGACAGCUUCAGGGGGGCUCUGAUAUACCCCCAUAGGUUCGGCACUCAGAGCAAGAUACUCUUGUUGGCUGAGGGGGCUGAGGGCCUAAGCACUGGUGCUGAUAUAGUAGGUGGAGAAGAACUCAUCAAAAAGCUUGAUUCCAAUGACCCUGGACUGGAGUUCGAUGUGUGUCUGUGCACUUUAGAGAUGUACCUGAAGAUCAAACAUUUGCAGAAGAAGCUCCGCACUAAGAUGCCCAACCCUCGCAGAGGUACUGUCAUCGAACUGAAAGAGGCUGCAAAGAAUGUGUUGAAGUUUCAGCAGAGCAGAGAUUUCAAGUGUGACAAGCAUGGCUAUGUCAACAUGCCAGUAGGAAAGUUGGAUUUCUCUGAUGCCUCUCUCUCUGAGAAUGCUGAAUGCCUAGUGGGCACUGUGGCUGCUUACAAACAACACCUGCCCAAAGCGUCGUUUAUUGUGAGAGUUGUUGUGUCGACUACUUAUGGCCCGGGAUUUCUACUGAACUUGAACCAAUUUAUAUAACAGCAGAAUAUGUACAUGCACAUUAGGUGAAAUGUUUACAAGUGAUUUGUGCUUCAAAAAUAACUUUCAUAAGCAACAAAAUAAUAUGAACAA